GAAUUCAUUCACCCCCGGGUCCGUUGGAAUACUUACAACCCACUCAAGGUUCCAAGAACACCCUCACCAUCAACCCCUUGCAACAGCCGCAGCAUUGCAGGCUCAAAAUCAUGAUGUUGCGUUUUCUGAUCAUCUUGUUGUCCCUCGGCUCCCUGCUUGCAACGACACCCAUCCACCUGAAGCCUGGCGCCCUCACGGCACACAUAGGAGAGGUCUUCCUCAUAGAAGAUGUGCUCCUCGUAAAAUAUCCAUAUACUUCCUUGACCAACACCACAGACACAAUCAGGAUAGUCUCAGAAAAACUACUCGGCAUGGCAGACGCCAUACGGGCUACCAAGACUAGGGAAUCAAAGGCACCUUCUAGUACCAACUCUCUGAAUCUUUUUCAACUACUGGAGGAUAGGAUUCUGUUCUUGCGGGGAAAAGUUGAUGAGGUAGACAUGGAUUAUAGUUUUCACUCAGUUCACUCUCGGGUAAAGAGGGGGUUGCUCAACAUCGUUGGGUCCGCCUCAAAGUUCCUCUUCGGUACGGCAACCGACGAGGACGUACGCGAUUUGCGGGACCACUACGCUCAUGUACUUUCCUUUGCUGCCCGAAAUCGCAGGGUGAUCAACGCCAAUUGUAGAAAACUUGCGCGGUUGCAUACUCACAUUGAGGAACUGCUAGAGCAGACAAAUAAGAUGGUAGAGGUUAUCAACAUAGUUGUCAAACAGAUCGACCAGGUGAAUCAGUUUCUCCUAGAUCAGGCCUUGCAUGUAUUGGAAAACGUCAUUAACUCUGUCGCAACGGCAAAUCAGCAGGUUAUUAGCAACAUGGUUGAUGCAGCGCACGGUAGAGUCACACCUGCCUUGUUCCCUCUACACGAUUUGAGAACGACUGUCCAUAUCGGGUAUCAAAAUUAUAGCCUAACACCUUUAUUCAACCCAGACAUGAGUCAAUAUUUUUACCCCUUGAUUGAGUCCAGCCUCACCCCCGAUGCCAUAAUCAUUCAUGUUCCAUUUCAGACGGCGGACGUGUUUGAGGCACACGAAAUUGUCCCGUUCCCUUUUUCAGCUAAGGACAGUGUGUUGGCCCUGGACACGUCCCCGUCUCUUGUUCUAAUCGCGAAGGAUUUCGCUCUGUAUUCAACGGGUAGCUACUCAAUCUUGCAAUAUUACAAGGAGACGGCCUUCGGGCGAUUCUAUUGCUCUGCGUCUCUCUUUGCCUUCCUACCAGUUCGGGGAGGGGUAUGCGAGAUCGCCCUCACCAGCGUCAACGCGCCUGACGCUCUUUCCCAGUGCCCUUUCAAGCGGCUACCACCAACACCUGUUUUCCAUAAGAACUUUCAGGGUCUGCAUUAUUUCUAUUUCCCUCAGCCCUUCUAUGUAUCAGUCAUCUGCCCGGAGGUUACCACUUAUCAACGGGUUACUAAUCACUAUGCCAUAGCGGAAGCAUGCUAUAUCCGCUCCACUAACAUAACAACGUAUCCGUCCCGGAUCCGCCUGGUUUUCACGGCCAAUAUUUCCCAUCGAGUGUUUCCUCUACGGUCUCUCGAUAACAUUCACUUCUCCAGCAUCUCUUAUGUGACUAAUUCCCUUAAUUCAUUGUCUUUCGCAAACAAAACAGAGUUUGCGGAAACCCUGGAGGAAACGCUGCCUGAAUACUUGCAUCUCCCCUACUUGUACCCUGGAAUUUUUGCGCCAAUAUUUCUGAUUUGUGAGGCCGUCGACACCCUGAGACAACACCUGGGCAUCCCUGACUCCGUGAUCUACCUGAACAGCAAUCAAGAUCAUCUCCUCUGCCCCACUCCUUCCGCCUCUGAAGAGGACGCAGAACUUCACCAACUUGAGAGCGGCGAGCUGGUUAACAUCAUCAAGCAGCUUAGGAAGGAGAACAAGAGGUACAAGUCCACCUUCGCCUCUUUCGACAAAACCGCCGAAAGCAUUGCUGACAACCGUGACGCGGUAGUAACCAUCCUGAACUUCAUCGACUACAUCGCGGCCACACAGAGCAGCCUCAAUAACCUCACCGUCACCAACACAUCCUGCUCUGCCCGAGGACACAGCAUUGACAAGGAUUGGAAGCACCACGUCGCCCACCACCGCGGAGCAAACGACUGGCGGACCUCAGGCAAGCCGCGUCAGCUCCAGAAAGCCUCCACUGGCACCGUCUCCACCGCUACUCAAAGUGAUUUACCUGAUACCCUCCCAAACCCCUCAAGACCUGCCCCUGUCACCGCUGAGGCAUCAACCCCUCACACAAUUAAACCUCAACUCAACCCACCCUCAAGCUCAGUUGACCCGCCCAGAGAUACAUCCGUAAUAAACACCCAAAUAUCAUCAGGCGCUGUACCCAAGAACACAGCAGCCACCAUCACAAGGGAAGAUUACCCAUCAUCCAAUUCCUCAUCCAUCCCCAUCAACACUAUACCUGACUCUCAGGCCAAUCCCCGGUCCUCAGCACCGAGCGGUCAGAGCUCAGACGACCAUCGCAAGCGAAGAAGUCACGCCCAGAACCUGCCCACUCCCCAAGGCAUAGACACCACUGACACAUGGAGGAACAAGAGUCCCGCUCGGCGACAAAGUCAUCCUCCUCCCCCCAGAACACCUCGCCACAGCCGCCCCAGGAACACCUAUACCUCCUUGCGCCCACACCCUGUUCCACUCCUGUCCCUGCCCUCCCCUAGUAGGACCACUCCCAAAGAAUUUUGCAACCGUUGCAAGAGGAGUGGCCAUACUAGAGGCACCUGCCGCUGGCUAAGCUGGUGCGACUACUGCUGCCGCGAAGGUCACACCACAGCUAAUUGCCGUGCCUCCCAUGCCCAAGAAAGACACGAAAAGAUCUACCGCCAGUUGUCCGAGCAGACAGCCGUCACCUCCCUCUUCAUCGAGAUACUAAACAAGCACCUCACACAGCCUCCUCUCCCCAGUUACCAAGCGUCUCAGCGCCAAGCACCUCAUCCCUCUCAACACCCCUACACACCUUGGAAUUAUGCCGGCCGACCCAACCUUCCAAGAGAAACUGACGAUUAUGUCUACUAA